AGACGCAUGUGAAUGUUUGUCUUUCGGUUCGUUUUCCGUACUUUUCGUUAUCAUUGUGCCAAACCGACUGCCACUUCCGGUAUUCCCUGAAAACCCCUUGCAGGGCUUCAGACAAAAAAGAGACUUUCUUUAUGAGUUUAAUAUUUAACCACCUAAAGGAGAACGUCGGAGGAAUGGCGUUGUUUUUACUGCGAGGACGUUUCUUUCAAUGCAGAACCGGCUUCCAGAGAGUCACGAGCGCGACGCAGCCGUACUGCUCUUCGGUGGCCUCGGGCAGGCGGCGUGUUAAUGGAGUGAAUCUGUACUACGAGCAGACAGGCAGAGGGAAACACGCUGUGCUGUUGCUUCCUGGUGCUCUGGGGUGCUCUCGGACUGAUUUUGGACCUCAGCUGAAGUCUCUGAAUAAGGAGCGUUAUACUGUCGUUGGUUGGGAUCCCCGUGGUUACGGACAAUCCCGCCCCCCGGCCAGAGACUUCCCCCCUGACUUCUUUGAGAGGGAUGCAAAGGACGCGGUGGAUCUGAUGAAGGCAUUAGGCUUCGGCAAGUUCUCUCUGCUGGGGUGGAGUGACGGAGGAAUCACCGCCAUGAUUGCAGCAGCGAGGCACCCCCACGUGAUUAGCAAGCUGGUCGUAUGGGGAGCCAAUGCCUUUGUUUCCCAGCAGGACCUCACGCUUUACAAUGCGGUCCGAGACGUCUCCAAGUGGAGUGCGAAGAUGAGGAAGCCCAUGGAGGAGUUGUAUGGAGCAGAAGCCUUCGCUGAAACCUGGGAGGCCUGGGGGGACGGGAUCGCUCAGUUUGCAAAAAGACCAGAAGGGAGUAUCUGCCUGGAGCUUCUGCCUCUAAUCAGCUGUCCAACCUUCAUCAUCCAUGGAGAGAAGGACCCCAUGGUGCCCAGCUUCCACCCACAGUGCCUCCUCAAACACAUCAAGGGAUCAAGAUUGCACCUGAUGCCGGAGGGUAAACACAACAUCCACCUGAGGUACGCUGAUGAAUUCAACAAACUGGUGGAAGACUUUCUGGAAGACAAUUAAUAAAUUGGGUGGGGCGACUGUGGGUCAGUGGUUAGCAUGCCCGUCUUU